AUGAAUAAUUAAUUGCCACAAAAAGUUGUUAAUUAGUGGAAAGGCUUUGUAUCGAGGAGAAAAGAAGUAAGGAGCAUUCUUAUUGAAUAAUACAAAUAAAGCUACAUAAGAGUUCUAAAUUCUUAUAAGGAAAUGAAAAGAAGAAGGUUUUAAUAAUAUAUUAUCAACAACGCAUCUCAUUUAAUCUAUAAAGCUUUGAAAAUCAACUUAUGGAAAGUUAAACAUCUUAGAUAAUUUUUAAAUUAGAAUUAAAUUAAACGAUUCUAUAUUUUAAAAUCUUAAGAGUUAAUAUUUUAAAAUUGCUUUAAUUUACAUGCCAAAGAAGUAAAUAUUAAAACAAUAAGAUUAAACAUUUAAAAUAAUUGUUAACAUAAAAAUCUAAUACCUUUGUUAUUUCAUAGAAUUAAAUCUGCUGUUAUUUUGUUUAAUUUUCACUAAUUAAAAAAAACUUUUGGAGAAACUAAUAUAAAUAGAGAUAACAUUAAAUAUGAAUUUCUUUAUAACUUUAUUAAAUAUGUUAAAGUUAAACUGUCUAAUAAAUAAUAUAAAUUCUCUAAUCAAGAGCUCAAGAGACAUCAGCAUUUAAUUAAAAGAAUUGAUAAAUUUUAAACAUAAGAAUACAAUCUAAUAAAAUAUAUUGAAUUAGAUAAUAUAAAUAUUUUGAGAAAGAUUUAUCAAUAUAAUUGUCAAAAUAGAAAUAAUUAACUCCAUCUUUUUUUUGAUUUUUAAUUGAGAGAGAUUGCAGCUGUAUGUCGAAUCCAAAAGUAUUUUAGAGCAAAAAGAAAUAUUAAUAUUAAUGGGAUGAAAUAUGUAGCUAUUAUGAAAUUGAUAAAUCAAUCUAGAGCAAUUUAUGUCAUUCAAAGAUGGUUUAGAAGGAUCAGAUGGAAUCAUAGAAUUAAUUUUUUUAAAGAGAUCUCUUUCUAUGUUUCUCAAAUUCCUACACCAAAUUUGUAUCUUGAUAUGUAGAUCUAUUCAUAAAUUCAAGAGAUUGUUAACAAUUAAUAACAUUCUUUAAAAUUUUUAGAAUAAUACAAUGUGGUAAAAUUAUAAUAAUUUUAAGAUAAAAGCAGAUAAUGACACAGUAAGGCUGCAGUUUAAAUCUUAAAAUUUAGAUAAUUCAAUUUAAUCUACAUAUGCCCAAUCUUUGGCUUAAUUUGAUCAUUUAAAUAUUGCAAUAAUUCCUAAAUGGCUUAUUCAAGAAAUUCAAAUGGUACCUAUCAAAGAAGAGAAACUUAUCGAUUAUAGUAUUAUAAAAUAAGAAUAAAUAUAAACAAAGUGGAAUUGUAGAAACAGAGAAUAUUUAACAAAAUAAAAAGAAUCCUUAAAAGAACUUAAUUAUUCAAAAGAAGUUGAUAUUUAUGGAUUAUUAAAUUUUGGAGCUUCUAUUUCUUUUGAUUUUAUUAACAAUAGAGAUUACAUUAAAUUUUCAUAUGUAUCUACAAGUGAAGCAAAAUAUAGAGCAAUUGCUUUUGCUUUAAUUACUUACAGAUUCAGACUUAAUGGAACAAGUAUUCUCAUGUUAAGUGAUAAUCUUUGGGAAAGUAAAAAUUAAAAAAUAAUUCCAUUUUUAAAUAAAUACUAUUACAAAAUUUAGUGUGUUUUUAAAACAGAAAUACCUGCUUUAGAAACUUCUUAAUUGUAUUUUGGUAGAUAAAAUAAAGUAAUAUUAUGUUUAAAUAACUUACAAGCAAAGUAAUUUAAAUAUGAAAAAAAUACAAUUUAACUUUCAUUUUUUAAUGAAAAUACUCGUUUAGUAUAAAAUUUCAUUUGGAUGUGUCCAGAAAAUUCAAAUUAAUUAAAAAUUCUAAAAAAUUAAAUUUCUAUAAAAUUAAAUUAAAAUAUCUUAAAAAAUAGUUCUCAUAUUUAGUUUGUAAAUUCAUCAACUGAAGAUAUUUAAUAAGAUUAAGUUUAGAUAACUUAAAAUCAUAUUCAACAAAGAUCUAUUGAUUUAUCUCCAUAAUCAGGUAUUAUUGAUGGUAGUAGCAAAUCAACUUAAUUGCCUGUCAAAUUUUCUAUAAUGUGUUUAGAAAAUUCAGGUAUUUAAUUUUAACCACCCAAGUUUAAAAGAAGAACUGAAUAGUCAUAUUAAGAGUUUGUUAUGACAAGUAGAUUUAGAACCUAAAAUAAUAGUUUAAAUAAUUCUAAAAUCAAAGAACAAAGUGAGGCUUAAAAUAAUAGUGUUCUUUCAAUUUAACCAAAAAAAAGGCAAUUCAGACUUGAAGAUAUAAAUGAACAAAGUGAAUAUUUUUAAAUUAAACAACAAUAUCAACAAUAAGCUUUAAUAGAAAAUAAAGAAAAAAUAGCCAAAAUUAAAUUAAAAAAUCAUAAUGAUAUAAGUUUUAUAAGAGAAUUUUAAAAUUUCACUAGUUUAUUAGAAAGAUAGGAGCAAAAGAUUAUAAAUCGAUAAUUGAAAACCACAAGAACAUAGUCAGUAGAAAAAUCUUAAAAAGCAGUAAGCAUCCAUAAGUCUAUGAAAAGUUAAUCUGUUUCUAGAAGGGAAGAUUAUUAAGAUGUUUCAAUUGUUUUCCCUAAAAUAGAACCAAAAUGUUAAAAAAAACAAACAAUUAGUUCUAGAUUAUCAAAUUAUCAUAGAUACGCUGUUUUUCCAGAAGAAUUGUAUGCCAUAUCUAAAAAUAUACAAACUAUAAACUUUUGA